CUCGUCUGUCAACGCUUCUCAACUGAGAGCUGCUGUCCGUUCUCAUCCUAGUUAUUUUAGCUGAAAUGCAGCUCGGGUCGAGGGUGGACUCAUGCGCUAGGCUGCAAGUCCACAAGCCUGUGCGCAGGUCACGGAUGUUGCCAAUCGCGGCGCUGUCUUCGGAUGGCCCGUCUGAGACGCACAGGCGGAAGGCAGAAGCCCGCGCCUGGAUUAACGCAUGGCGCGCGCGAUCUGGUCUGGCCCCCAUGACCAGCUCCUCAGUGUCCAUCACCGGCAUCUUGCCGCCCCCUGCCGCUGCCGCCUCGGCCUCCGCGGGCGCCACGGGCGGAUUCGGCUCCGACAUCGGCGAGUACUUCAAGCUGCUCACCGGCCUAGGUACGCUGUACGCCCUUGAUAUGGCCAUCAAAAAGGUGUUUGCGUCAGCACACAUCACCUUUCCCAGUGCGCUCGGCGGCAUGUUCGGUGUCGUGGCUCUACUGCUGGUUGUGGGUGAAUCCACCGCGUCCAAGCUGUUGGCCUUCUACACUCCCGCGCUGAACUGGAUCGCCAAGUGGCUGCCGCUGUUCUACGUGGCCUCGCUGGUGACGCUGCCGCUGGCGCUCAAGGGCAUCGCGGGUUCGGAGCUAGCUAAGAUCAUGAUCAUUCUGGGCGCGGGUAUGGUGGCGACGCUGCUGUUCACGGCCCAGGUUACCGUAUUCAUCCGCGAGGUGGUGCGUACGGAGAACAAGGAGAUCACGAAGGCCAAGCCCGCCUCGCCCUUCCUGCCCUCGCACUUCGCGGCGUGGGGCGCGGUGGCGGCGGCCUCCCUUGCGGCGACGGCGGUGGCGGGAGCGAAUUCCAGUUUGGGGGCGCAGAUGGCCCUGCCCUUCGGACUAGCGGCCACUGUGGGCGGGUACCUGCUGGGGAAUGCGGUGCCCAAGAACAUGCAGGGUCUGCUGCACCCGGUCGUGGUCACCGCCAUUGUCGCCAAUGCCGGCGCGGCGCUACACGGCAAGGUUUUCGGCGUUGGGUACGACACAUCCCUCAAGAUGUACUACAGCAAGGGUCAGGGCCUUAUGGGUGCGGGCGACUUCCUGAUGGCCUUCCUGGGCUGCGUCAUUGUCAGCUUCGGAUUCCGCAUCUACCAGCAGCGCGAGACGCUGCGUCGCCACGCGCCCGAGAUUAUUGGCGCCACCUUCCUGUCCGCACUCUUCUCCUUUUUCUCCACGGCCUUCGCCGCUAAGCUGCUGUCCCUCAACUCUGAUCUCGCUCGUGCGCUCAUCCCGCGCUCCGUCACCGUCGCCCUGGCGCUGCCCAUCGCCACGCAGCUGGACGCGCCGCUGUCCAUCACGGCUGCGGCUGUGCUGCUGCAGGGUCUGCUGGGCGCCAACUUUGGUCCCAACUUGAUGACGGCGGUGGGCAUCAAGGAUACCAUCGCACGCGGCCUGGCGGCAGCCGGCACUGCGGGAGGCCUGGGCACCGCGUCGCUCACGUCCAAGGAACCCGAGGCUCUGCCCUUCUGCGCGCUGAGCUACUCGCUGGUGGGCAUCCUGUCCACCUUCCUGGCCGCCACACCGCUGGUGCGCAACGCCCUCAUCGCCAUUGUGGGCCGCUGUGGCGUCAUCUGCGGCGUUGCAGCACGCGUCAUGAUGGUGGUGGCGGGGCCCCGUCGGCUGCCCGCAAGGCACGAGGGCCAAAGAAUGGGUCCUCGUGAGCCAGUAAAGAAUAUCUGCCGCGUGUGGGUCCCAGAUUCCUAUACCGCUGCUCUAUACCAGCUCAUGACUCGCAAUGGUUGCUGCUUCGUGUGGUCGAACGGUGGAGCUCGUAUAAAAAAGGAUGCAGAUGAGAUGAAGACUUGCACACUUGCAUAUGGUGAUUCCGCUGCUGUUCGUCGCGUACCACCGCUCCUCGACCUCUGGCCAGGGGGGUUCGCGCGUGUGUCGCUUUACAACUGCGCGGGGGCUCGUUGAUCUUUGUACGGUAAUAAGGCGGAGUCUCGUCUUCCGUCUUCCUUCCUUGCGCGUUGGCUCACCUUGCAGACACACGAGGAGGAACAGGAACAGGACGCUUUCCAAAUGUAGACAGCAGG